ACGCGAAGCGCGUGGCAUGCGACGUGCAUUCCAAUUUCUAUAAGUGGCGCCACAGCAUUGCGAGCUACUUUUUGUUUGUUUUUUUUAUAUUAAGAGAAAUGACUAAAGUGCUGUCAGUCGAUUGCGAAACAUGAAAGGGUCCACAAGCAGUGAAGGUUGUGACAGUGACAGGAUGAUGACAGUGCGGACUCCCAAACGGACCAGCUGCUGUGGGCGUUUGUUCGUUGUAAUGUUGUUACCUCUAUUGCUACUGCUGUGCCUGACUGUUCAGUCUAGUGUGGGCGGCAAGACAACCACCAUCGUACGUCACACAGACACCACAGAUCCGCAGCUGGAUGGCUUCUGGGCGAAUAGAACCUCGUGGAAUGCACGCUGGGUGAAGUACUGGCGGGCCAAGCGCAUCUAUGAGCCGGUGUGGAAGAAGGUUUGGACUCCGUCGAUACACACCGAGUGGAUACCGCUGCCCAAUGCUCCUGAGCCGGAUGCCUGGAAGAAGCCAAAUCAUCCGCAGCACAAUGACGAUGAAGAAGUAGAUUGAAGUAGAAGACUGAACCCACAUUUGUAUUAUUAUAAUUUGUAUUUAUUUAUUUAUUUUAUUUGGUUAAUUAAACAAUGUCUAAGGCUAAAGAUAAUUUAA